GCGGUGGAGUCGAUCGACGGCCUCAGCGGACGCGAGGGCCGCGGCGGCGGCCUGCUCGCGGCGAGCGCGGCCCAGCGGCAGCGCCUGGAGAGCGUCGCGGAGCCCGUUUCUCAGCUGGGCCUCCCGCCGCGCGACCUCGAGCCUUUGGCGGCCCUCCAGAAGCUCCAGGCUACUCUGUCCCACGACGGCUCGAUGUCGACCAGGGCGGAGGCAACCGCCGCGCGGCGCUGGAUCGGCCCCUGGACCCCGAGUAGCUCGACCACGUCUAUGGCGCCGCCAAAGACCGAUGUCUUGCAGUUGAAAAUGAACGGUGGCUUCAAGAAGCCUUGCGCGGACCCGGCCCUGCGCGACCCCUGGUGUUGCGCGGCCUCGCCGGCGCGGCUGCUGGACGCCGGGGCCAUCGACCUCGCCCGCGACCUUGCGGACGUGGCGGGCGAGGUCGGCCUGUCCAGCGCACCCGAGAAGAGUCGGCGGCAGCGGCCCGUCGUCGACGCCCGGCCCGCCAUUUUCUGGUUCGGCGCGCCAGCG